GAGCCAGUGGAAGUUCCACGUGAACACCUUCCAGAUCCAGACUCUGAAAACAUACCGAGCAUUAUCAUUCAACAAGAAACAGCAGUAGAUCUUGAAAGGCGUUGGACAGAUACCGCUAUGGGGAACGAACAGAGUGGAAGUUCUAACAGUGCAAUAUCAAGCUCUUUAUUAUUUUUGGGUGGGAGGAAGAAUAUGACUGCUGUUCGCAAAAAGGCCAAUCAAGUAGUUGUUGUGCGAUCAGGUUCUGAUAGUGCAGCGAAUCCAAACGAGGACCCAAUAUUUAAAAGAUUCAAGGAAAUUCCCAAGUUCUAUCCUGUACUCAAAGGUGCUUUGCAUCAGCCUGGACUUCAUGACUCACCUGAUAUUAAAAAAAAGAUGAGCCCGCGGCCAAUUUUUCGGUUAGCAACUUGUCUCCAGGAUCACUUAACAAGAUCUGCCCAACUGGUAGCUAACGAGCAGGAUUCCGUCAAUGCCGAAAUCAAAGAUGUCGAUUAUUACGCUGUUACUUUGCUGGACAAGUUCAACGUCUAUAAAAAAAGUAUGGAGGUCUUAACACUUCAAGUUUCUAAGCUCAGUGAUAUUACAGCAGAACUGGAGGGUAUGAAGUCGGAACUGGAGGAUUUAUUGCCACAGAUUGGGGUUUUGAAUGAUUUAUUACCCGAAGCAGAUCGUCUUCCGCCUUUAAGUUUAGUGCAUCUUUUCGACAGUUCACCGUCGACAAAUACGUCUUACUCGGGAACGACGUCAGACAAUUCGAGUUCGUCGGACGACGUCGGUCGCAACUCAUUGAAGAACUUGCAUGUUGAACCAAUAGAAGAAUAUGCAGUCAUUGAUAAAGUUGUUAGGCGUUGA